AUGACGGAACCCUCCAACAGAGACAAUGUACUGGAGCAGUUCCACUGCAUUGGAAUAGUUGGUGCUGGGAAUAUGGGCACACAGAUGUCCAUCGCAUUUUCAGAGCUUGGCUUGAAAGUUUCUGUCUGGGAUGUCAAUGAAGAAAACAUUGAUAGGCUUCAGAAAUGGUCACAAAACAACAAGACCAAAGGUGCAAUCGCUGGGUUUCACGAUAUCAGUGAUUUCAUCAAAAGCCUAGAGAACGAGAAACGCAAAUUAUUCCUUUUCUCCAUUUCGCACGGUAACCCGACAGAUUCUGUGCUGGGUAUGAUUAAGAGCAAUCUCAACGAUGGAGACAUCAUCCUUGAUGGGGGCAAUGAAGAUUAUCGACGUACGCAGAACAGACAGCAAGAAUGCGAAAAGAUCGGUGUUCAUUGGAUUGGUAUGGGAGUUUCGGGUGGCUACCAAGCAGCUCGCCGCGGUCCAAGUCUGUCUCCAGGUGGUGACGCGAAAGCUUUAGAGACUGUGAUGCCAUUACUCAAGCUAUACGCCGCGAAGGACCCCAAAGGCAAUCCAUGCGUGGCUCGAAUUGGCCCUGGUGGCUCGGGCCAUUAUGUGAAGAUGGUUCACAAUGGGAUUGAGGGAGGCAUGCUAUCGACCUUGGCUGAGGCGUGGUCUUUCCUCCAUAAUGGCCUAGAAAUGGACUACAACGCCAUCGCAGAUAUCUUCAGCCAGUGGAACGACCAUGGCGAACUACGGGGUACAUACUUGCUCGACAUAGCGGUCGACAUGCUACGCGCCAAGAUACCUUCCAGCGUGCAAGAUGGAGAGGACGAUAAAAAGGAACAUUAUGUGCUCGAUGAAGUCCUUGACAAGGUCGUCCAGGACGACGAUGAUACUGAAGGUACCCCGUAUUGGAACAUCAUGGAGUCAGCGUCUCGGCAUAUAUCAACACCCACGCUUGCUACAGCGCAUUACUUGCGCGUUGCGAGCGGAAACCGGGCAGAAAGGCUGUUAGCAGCCAAGAAGCUUAAACUUCCACAACCCAGACCAAUACAGGAGGUUCAAGACAAGAGGCUUAUUAUAGAGCAUUUGCGCUGUGCUAUAUAUUCCUGUUUUCUAUCUUCGUUCUGCCAGGGCCUAGAAAUGAUCACAAGGGCUUCUGAUGACGAGGGUUGGGGGAUUGACCUACGCCAAUGUCUUCGAGUCUGGCGCGGGGGGUGCAUCAUUCAAGCCGAUGGUAUAGCCGACCUCUUAGAGCCUGUGUUAUCGAGAGAUCAUCACUGGAAAAAUCUGAAGCAUGCCGAUGAAGUCGCGGGGGAGCUGCACCGCACUUUCAGCUCUUUGAAAGAGAUUGUGGUCCAGGGCACCUUGUCUGACCAGUAUAUUCCAGCAAUCUCUGCUUCUCUCGAAUAUCUGAAAUAUGGAGGCGGUACAACAUUACCAACUAAGUUCAUGGAAGGGCAAAUGGAUUUCUUUGGCGCACACGGAUAUAAUAAGCCCGGAGUUCCUGGAGAGGAUCCAGGGCCCGUUGGAAAAGGACCCCAUCACUACGAAUGGCGACCUGCGAAGGAGGAAUAG